AUAAUAUGUUCCUGUUUUUGGCGAUUGGCAAUUUGGCAUGAGACUGCUGGUGGCUGACCGAGACGAUGAAGCAAGAAGCAGCUUAAAAAUAGUGCGCCGAAGAGAGACAUCGAUCUCGCAACCAAAUGGAAACGGGAUGACCUCUCCAUCUCUCGCGCUAUCUCCAUUCUCCUCCUCCCAACCCGACUCUUUCUUCUCCUCUCGCCUCCAUCAUGCGCGUUUCAAACUUGCCCAAUAAUCGCAUCUCCAUCCCAAACGCAUCUUUCAAUUCCUUUCUUAACUUUUGUUGAACUGCAAGCAUUUACCAUUCCGUUCCCGUUUCUGUGGGCGAACCCUAACGCACGAUUGUAAUCCUAUUUCUAUCGGUUUCCUUGAUGAUGAUCACAAAGAUGCAAUUUUUUUUAUGAUCCGCCCCUAAAGAUCCCGUCUUUCUAUUGGCAAUCCUCCUCGUUUUUGUUGUUUUUGUCUUUUUUACUUUGAGAGGAAGAGAAAGAUAUCACCGAUGAGUCAUCCGUGCUCUUCCGAUCCGCCUCCCCGGCGCUCCUCCAAGCCCGCCUCCGUGCUCCCCUACAAGACUCCCAACCUGCGCGACCAUUACCGCAUCGGGAAGAAGCUGGGGCAGGGGCAGUUCGGCACCACGUACCUGUGUGUUGACAAGAACGACGACAAGGAGUACGCGUGCAAGUCCAUCCCCAAGCGCAAGCUCCUGUGCCGCGACGACUACGAGGACGUCUGGCGCGAGAUCCAGAUCAUGCACCACCUGUCUGAGCACCCCAAUGUGGUGAGGAUCAAGGGCACUUUCGAGGACGCCCUCUUCGUGCAUCUGGUCAUGGAGCUGUGCGCCGGAGGGGAGCUCUUCGAUAGGAUCAUCCUCAAGGGCCAUUACAGCGAGAGGAAGGCCGCGCAAUUGCUCAAGACCAUCGUGGGGGUCGUGGAGGCCUGCCACUCGCUAGGGGUGAUGCAUCGGGACCUAAAACCGGAGAAUUUCUUGUUUGCCAGCGUCGACGAGGACGCGGCUCUCAAAGCCACCGACUUUGGCCUCUCUGUCUUCUACAAGCCAGGUGAUACAUUUUCUGAUGUUGUUGGGAGUCCGUAUUAUGUUGCACCUGAAGUAUUGCGAAAAUUAUAUGGACCAGAAGCAGAUGUUUGGAGUGCUGGAGUCAUCUUAUAUAUUUUGUUAAGUGGAGUGCCACCUUUCUGGGCAGAAACUGAAGCGGGGAUAUUUAGACAGAUUAUCAAGGGUUCUAUAGAUUUUGAAACUGAACCAUGGCCUACAAUAUCUGAAAGUGCUAAGGAUCUGAUAAGAAAGAUGCUAAACAGAAAUCCCAGGGAAAGAUUUACAGCACACCAAGUUCUUUGUCACCCAUGGAUUAUUGAUGAUAAUGUCGCACCAGAUAAACCAUUGGAUUCUGCUGUUCUAUCACGGCUUAAGCAGUUCUCCGCGAUGAACAAGCUCAAGAAAAUGGCUUUACGGGUCAUUGCUGAAAGCCUCUCAGAAGAAGAGAUUGGAGGUCUAAGAGAGUUGUUUAAAAUGAUCGAUACAGACAACAGUGGAACCAUAACAUUUGAAGAGCUAAAAGAAGGGUUAAGAAGAGUAGGGUCUGAGCUGAUGGAAUCUGAAAUCAAAAUGCUCAUGGAUGCGGCUGACAUUGACAAAAGUGGCACAAUAGAUUAUGGUGAAUUCCUUGCGGCAACAGUUCACAUGAAUAAACUAGAGAGAGAGGAGAACUUGAUGUCGGCUUUCGCAUUCUUUGAUAAAGAUGGAAGUGGUUACAUAACAAUUGAUGAACUUUCACAGGCGUGCAAACAAUUUGGGCUUGAAGAUUUCAAACUCGACGACAUGAUCAAGGAAGUAGAUCAAAAUAAUGAUGGGCAAAUCGACUACAACGAAUUCACUGCCAUGAUGAGAAAAGGCAUCAGUGGAGGGGUGGUUGGAAGGAGGACCAUGAGAACUAACAUGAACUUUAACUUGGGCGAUGCACUCAAGACUGAUCGCUAACAAAAAGACAGUGACAAGCGAUAGAGAGUGUACACAAUGCUCCAGAAGUGGUAUAGGCAUUUUUUUUCCUUCUUUUUUUUUUCCCCAUUCGAUGAAGUUACUAGGGACUCCGAGUCUUAUGCCAAUGUUCACUAUUAAUGGAUAGAUACCUUACAAGGAUCAUUAAUGAACGGUUUAAUGGUGAUUCAAUGAGUAAUUAAUCGGUUGCUUAUGCA